AGUCACACCUCCAUCUCUCAUUUUUCCGCUCUUAGCUGGGAGUGCUCCGCCUAGUCACUUUUCUUAAGGUGGCUCGUCGAGGCCUGAUUUCUUCCCCGAAAUCACGUCCCUAGACAGCCUCCUAUUUUACCACUAACUUUACUACUGCAGUUAUUCAGCGGUAGGAAACUGAAACCAAAAACCAGUGUAAGCAAAUAAACAUCUAAACUGUUUCAGGAGCCGCGUAGAAGGAACGCGGCGUGUGCCCCGGAAGCGGAAGUGGAUCCUCUCCUAGAAAGGCUGGACUACGCGGAGUGGUGACGUUUCCUCAUUGGGCGGAAGGUUCGGUGGUGCUCCGUCGGUCUUCCAGCUGGUGGGAGUUGACGACGCGGUCCUUGGCGUUGGGACCCUACUUUAUCUAGAGUUCUUCAUAAGUACAUCUUAAAGCUGUCAAGAUGGUUCUAGCAGACCUUGGAAGAAAAAUAACAUCAGCAUUACGCUCGUUGAGCAAUGCCACCAUUAUCAAUGAAGAGGUAUUGAAUGCUAUGCUAAAAGAAGUCUGUACCGCUUUGUUGGAAGCAGAUGUUAAUAUUAAACUAGUGAAGCAACUAAGAGAAAAUGUUAAGUCUGCUAUUGAUCUUGAAGAGAUGGCAUCUGGUCUUAACAAAAGAAAAAUGAUUCAGCAUGCUGUAUUUAAAGAACUUGUGAAGCUUGUAGACCCUGGAGUUAAGGCAUGGACACCCACUAAAGGAAAACAAAAUGUGAUUAUGUUUGUUGGAUUGCAAGGGAGUGGUAAAACAACAACAUGUUCAAAGCUAGCGUAUUAUUACCAGAGGAAAGGUUGGAAGACGUGUUUAAUAUGUGCAGACACAUUCAGAGCAGGGGCUUUUGACCAACUAAAACAGAAUGCUACCAAAGCAAGAAUUCCAUUUUAUGGAAGUUAUACAGAAAUGGAUCCUGUCAUCAUUGCUUCUGAAGGAGUAGAGAAAUUUAAAAAUGAAAAUUUUGAAAUUAUUAUUGUUGAUACAAGUGGCCGCCACAAACAAGAAGACUCUUUGUUUGAAGAAAUGCUUCAAGUUGCUAAUGCUAUACAACCUGAUAACAUUGUUUAUGUGAUGGAUGCCUCCAUUGGGCAGGCUUGUGAAGCCCAGGCUAAGGCUUUUAAAGAUAAAGUAGAUGUAGCCUCAGUAAUAGUGACAAAACUUGAUGGCCAUGCAAAAGGAGGUGGUGCGCUCAGUGCAGUCGCUGCCACAAAAAGUCCGAUUAUUUUCAUUGGUACAGGGGAACAUAUAGAUGACUUUGAACCUUUCAAAACACAGCCUUUUAUUAGCAAACUUCUUGGUAUGGGCGACAUUGAAGGACUGAUAGAUAAAGUCAACGAGUUGAAGUUGGAUGACAAUGAAGCACUUAUAGAGAAGUUGAAACAUGGUCAGUUUACGUUGCGAGACAUGUAUGAGCAAUUUCAAAAUAUCAUGAAAAUGGGCCCCUUCAGUCAGAUCUUGGGGAUGAUCCCUGGUUUUGGAACAGAUUUUAUGAGCAAAGGAAAUGAACAGGAGUCAAUGGCAAGGCUAAAGAAAUUAAUGACAAUAAUGGAUAGUAUGAAUGAUCAAGAACUAGACAGUACGGAUGGUGCCAAAGUUUUUAGUAAACAACCAGGAAGAAUCCAAAGAGUAGCAAGAGGAUCGGGUGUAUCAACAAGAGAUGUUCAAGAACUUUUGACACAAUAUACCAAGUUUGCACAGAUGGUAAAAAAGAUGGGAGGUAUCAAAGGACUUUUCAAAGGUGGUGACAUGUCUAAGAAUGUGAGCCAGUCACAGAUGGCAAAAUUGAACCAACAAAUGGCCAAAAUGAUGGAUCCUAGAGUUCUUCAUCACAUGGGUGGUAUGGCAGGACUUCAGUCAAUGAUGAGGCAGUUUCAACAGGGUGCUGCUGGCAACAUGAAAGGCAUGAUGGGAUUCAAUAAUAUGUAAAGAAAAUGCCUUAAUAUAAACUGACUCAGUUGAAUACCUAAUUUGCUGAGACCUCAGAGUUUCCCUUCUUUUUGCAAAUUGGGGGGAAAGUGUAUUUUUCUUGCUUAUCAUGCACUCUUUCCUUUUCUUCUUUCCCCCUUUUCCCCUCCUUUUCUUUUUCCUUCCUUCUUUCCUCCCUUUAAUGUAAGGGAGAAAUACAUGGUUUUUGUGGAAAUCAUUAUAUGUUUGCUUUAGAUUUUCUUCUGUUUUCACCAUCAUAACACUUAAGUUAAAUCAUGAUGUAAAAUUUUAGUACUUAAAGAUUUUUAAUUGUCUUGAAGGCCAAGCAUUGCAUUUGUAAACAGUCCUGGUCAGUAGUUAAAUAAUGUUUCAAUUAAAAUGCUGUAAAAUAAACUUCAAAGUGGUUAUAAGUUAA